UUUUAACACAGUAGAUAGUGAGCGCAUCAAACGAACAAAUGGUUCCAACUGCAAACACAAUGAUGACCUCAUCUGCUGCAUUUUCAAUUUGCAGAAGCAUUUCUCCGUCUUCUUCCUCUCCCACCACUUCACCUACUGGCGUUCGACCUCGGUUCUUUCGGUUCCCAAACCAUACUACCUCCAUUGCUUAUCCUUUACUUUUUGCUGCCAUUUAUUCCCCUAUUUUGACAAAGCUUCCGACAACGAGAAAGCUACGCUCUUUUGUUGCAGCAGCCGAAGACGAAACCCUGGUUCCAGAGGCUGAACAGCAAGCAGAUGAAGCAGCGUCCUCUACUCCUCCGCCGCCAGCAGCCACCACCGAUCAGACUGUCUCUGUUACCGUCUCGCCUUCUGAUAUCCUUACCAUGUUCUUUCAGGCUGAAGGAACAAUGAACGAGACAGCGAUUCCAACAGUUACAAAAGCAUUAGAGGAAACAGAGGGCGUUGCAGACCUAAAAGUGCAAGUUCUUGAAGGUAUUGCAAGUGUAGAGUUGACAAAGCAAACAACUGUGCAAGCUACAGGUGUGGCUUCAAAUUUGGUUGAGGUGAUACAAAGUAAAGGCUUCAAGUUACAGACAUUAAAUUUGAGCUUCCAGGAUGAAGAAGACUUCAGCUAGACAAAUGUACGAUGAUUUUCUCAUUUGCACUUUAAUGUAUCAAGUUCUCUAUGUGCUCGGCCUAAAUUUUGGAAUGCUCCAUUAAGUGUAUCUGUAUGAGUGCUAGUAGAAUUUUGGGGUUGUUAAUGUAAUUCACGUUCAGAUAGGAUGCAUUUCAUUGUUUACAAUUUAAUGCCACUGAGUUGUUGCUUUUUUCCUUCAUUUAUUAGGACUAUUAAGUUAACAUUCAGAUUGGAUAAUUUUCAUUGUUGAUUACAGUUUUACUGCUGCCGAGUUGUUACUUUAUUCCUUCAUUUGUUAGGACUAUUAAGUUAAAUUUA